UAUCCGAUAGAGGGCGACCAUCGUCAAUUCUGACACCUUCAUAAAAACAAAGCAGAAGAAAAGUGGUGGCCUGGCUUUAGCUUCUCCAACAAUGUCUGAUGAAUACGCCGCCGUUCAGAAAGGAUCCCUGAAAUUUAAAGGGUUGGGAGAUAUUUCUAAAGGGAAAAAGAAGAAGAAGAAGGAUAAAGAAAAGAAAAAACGCCUGGAGGAGCAGAUUUUGACGAAUCAGUAUGACGAAGGGGGGGAGACCCAGAAAGGAUACGUUGACAAGAGGACACCAGCUCAAAUUGCCUUCGAUAAGACUCAAGAGAAGAGGCAAAUGGAAAGGAUUCUAAACAAGGCAUGCAAAACACAUAAACAUCGAGUUGAGGACUUUAAUCGCCAUCUGGACAAUUUGACUGAGCAUUAUGAUAUCCCAAAAGUCAGCUGGACCAAAUGAAAAGGAGCAGCGGUUGUUGACUUUUAUUUUGAAAUUCCAAUUUGGCUUUAUUUUACUUUUUUUUUCUAACUCGUUUGACAUUAACGGUAUUGUUGAUUUAUUUUCUAGUUGAUAUGCCUUUUCUUUGGUAGAAUUUGUCAAACAGAAAACACCUCUUGGUUUGCCUGGUUGUGCAAAUAUAAAUAAAAGUUGAGCCGAAAAGUUUGAUAAACAAUGUUUUCAUUAAGUUGCUGUAUUAAUAAUUAUAUGUGCAUAGUGAUUGUUCAAUAAAUUACAACGUCCAUGUGAUGAUGCAUAUUGUGUUGCUCCAGGCAUUCUAAAUUAAGCAAGUGAAAUGCAUUUCCUUCAAAUAAAUUCUUUGUCACUGA